CACAUUCUGGUCACUUCCCACCGCCCCUCACAUCUACCCGCUGUUCCCUAUUCUACCAUGGCCGCCCCUGCUCUUGAUCCCCUUCAUGGUUGAAUCUGGUCAUGGAAGCAUCCAUCAGAGGCGGACGCAGAGGCGCAGGACUCGCAAGCCCAUGCUCUUCCCUGCUCCUUCCUCAAAUCCGAUCGCCGAAGUGAGCGAGGAGGCGCUCGAGCUCGGUAUGCUCGCCGGGGACGCCGCCCCGUCCCUCUCCUCAUGACGCCGUCGCCGUUGCCGUCGUGGCAAUGAGUCUCUCCACCAUCUCCCGUGUGCUCACUUGCUAGUCCCGGUAUAGAUUAGUCUCCCUCUCCGACCCCGCCGCCUGCUCUUCCCCGUCAAUUCGGUUCAUUGGCAGGUGCAUCACCUCACUGUGUGCAAUAUUCAGUCCCCUAGGAUUAUCUGCUAGGGGGCCAUGACAUGUCCGCCGCCAUUGUUGCUGCCCAACUGUGAGGUCGCCGAGAUGUGUCUCGUGCGUCGCUACCUGACAAUUGCUCUGGGGAGCCGGGCUUCAUCGUCCAAUGGGAACGGCAAGGUCCGAGACUGGAGAUCCCUGCUCGCCAACUCACAGUCCUGGCGGUUGUCCUACCAGUCGAAAAAGAAUUUCCUGAAGGAGAAGAAGGAGGUCCCGAAAGGGGAUGGGAGCAAGAAGUCUGAAUCGAAGGGUUUGUUUUGAUUCUGAGUUGCAUUGCACAAUAUUUUUAUAGUUUGGGAAAUCCUUGGAGUUGUCUAUGGAACCUUUCCUUGAUGUGAUGGUCGGGCAUAUUUGUGUACUAAAUCAGUGUCCUGGAUUACCAUCAUCGGCAAUUUUAAAUAUUUCUUUGAUGUAUUACCACAAGCAUUAUGCUGAUGGUGUCCCACAUGCUACAACCCGAGUGGGGUCCUUUUGGUGGAGAGAUAUCCUCAAGCUCCAUGAUGCGUACACACCUAUUGCCUCAGUGCACAUAAACAUGGGUGACUCUGCUCUGUUCUGGACAAAUGCUUGGCAUAUUGGUGGAUCUUCUAGACCUUUAUGUUGGAGACUGCCAAGGUUAUUUUCCUUUGUUAACAAUGACAAGGUUUCAGUGCAUGAAUUCCUCAUAUCACAAGAUAUUUUUUCAAUGUUUUUCUUGCCAUUGUCUCAAGAGGCUGCUCAAGAGUUGCAUGUGCUAGAGGAUUGGAUAAUGGCUUUGGACAGGAACAUUAACAUACCGGAUGUCUGGGUCUGGCCGGGCAAAUCUGGCGCAUUCUCAGCCAAGAGUUUCUACACCUUAAUGCACUCACAUUUGCCUACAAUUCAACCAUGUAAAUGGUUGUGGAAAAGCAGAUGCACAUUGAAGAUCAAAGUCUUUGGUUGGUUACUUUUCUUUGAUAGGCUUAACACCAAGGACCUCCUGAUCCGCAGGCACUGGAGAUCCCCUUUGAAUGAUAAUCUUUGUGUUAUCUGUCAGGAAUUAUCAUAUGAGGAUAUGCUGCAUUUGUUCUUCAACUGCAAUUUCGGUCGGAGGGUCUGGAACUAUCUUUCUAUUGAUUGGUCAAGAGGGCCGGACAUUUUGCAAUGUAUCCAACAUGCUAGAUCAAGUUUCAGGCAUACUUUCUUCUUUGAAGUAAUACUGACAGCUGCCUGGAACAUUUGGAUCCUCAGGAAUGGAAGAACUUUUAGAGGGGAGAGAGCUACUUUUGCUGCUUGGAGGUCUAACUUUGUACAUGAUCUCACACUUUUGGAUCCUCAGGAAUGGAAAAACAAGCAUUAUAUCUCAAAAACAUAUAAUGUUCUAAACCAAUUCGUGAUAGAUCAACAAAAUCUCGUUGAUUCUUUCACCUAUUAGGAUAACUUUAUGAAAGAAUGAUCUGGCAUAACUGUGUAGUUCCAAUAAACAGACAUUCAAAUGCACCAUUUUACACUCUGCAAGCAGGAAAUGCAACUUCUUUAGUGUUUAGAAUGGAUCAGGUUACCUGUUCUAUUUCCAGUUUUAAAUAAUUAUACACAUUCUCAAUCAUCACGUGUGCAAAACAGGGUUUAUACAGAUUUAUACAAUUCAAUCUAAAAUCCUGGAGCUGGUUAGAUGCUAUAUUACUUUGUAGAACGAUUGUGUUGGUUGUCAUGCUGCUGGAACUUGAUAUAGUAAAGUCACUUCCCUGUCUCUCAUACGUAGCCUUGUUAUUGUGUUUUGCUUCUGCUAAAAGAAUGGACAAUGGUUCUGUCGUGCAUUUGAAAAAAAAGUUGAGGGGUUUUGCAUUUCUCUCGGAGCAAACAACCAACAAUAAUGUUCAUAUAUAAAUAAACAGUCAUCUGAAAUCUACUGAAACAUUUUAAUUUAUUUAUAUAGGAUAAGGAAAAUUUAUUUAAUCUCGUGGCCGCGCUUGGCUAUGAUCGCCUUGUCCUCUACAGCGUUGUGGCUGCAGGCCACGUGGGCUAUGACUCCGCCGCCAGCGGCGACUGGUCCUUCCCGUGCCUCUACCGCCUCGUGGCCGAGUCGUCCUCUCCCCAAAUCGACAUCCACCCCUUUGUCAAGCCUGCCAUGCUAGUGACAUGAGCAGGAUGGUGUACACGAGCUUCACAGACAUGUGGCCAUGGAGGCUCUAGAUGAGGUCGACGCCGAUGACAACUCGAACAGUUCGUAGAGCCGUACCAGGGCAAUGGUGCUGACCUGUAGCUCCACCUUCGAUGGUAAACUAUGGCUCGUAGCCAAGAAUUGUAAUCACGGUUGAUCCAAUGAGGACUUGCAGCCAUGCGAGCACCUGUGCCUCCUGCUCCGAUGGCAAAAUUUGCCUCGCUUCCUGGGAUCCUCGCCGAGACGGAAACCGCGGACAAACAUGGCGAUUUGAAUAGAGAGGAGAUGGAGGUAUCAGUUAUAUAUACAGAAAGAUUGUAGUCUGAUUGGUGAUAUAUAUGGAAUAAAUGUUAUGUGCUUAAGGAAAA